AUGGAGGAGUUGAGGGCCCUGGUGAAGUGGUGCCAGGUUGUGAAGAUGUGGAGCUGGGUUUUCCCUGUGGCUGUCCUGCUGUCCUUGGUGCACCAGGCUGAAGCCCAAGGCAGGUGUAAUAAUGUUGGAGCAGCAGACAUAGUCUUCCUGAUAGAUGGCUCAUCAAGUAUCGGCAGGGCCAACUUCCUGCAGGUCAAGGGCUUCAUGGCUGGCAUCGUCAAGCCCUUUACCAGCUCUGUGGGCCAAUCAGGGAUCCGCUUCGGGGCCGUGCAGUACAGCGACACCUCUAGGGUGGAGUUCACCUUCACAACCUACCUGAAUGGCACUGAGCUGGUCAGCGCUGUGGAGAACCUCAACUACAAGGGUGGCAACACUCGCACAGGUGCCGGCCUCAAAUUUGUCGCUGACAACUUUUUCAACCCCACCUCCAUCCGGAACGUCUCAAAGGUCUGUAUACUGAUCACAGAUGGAAAGUCUCAAGACAAUGUAAGGGACCCAGCUCAGAAGCUGCGGAGUCUGGGAGUGGAGAUGUUUGCAGUGGGUAUAAAGAGUGCAGACCAGACGGAGUUGGCUCUGAUAGCCACUCCUCCUCAGAGGGACUACACAUUCUUUGUGGGGGACUUUAAGCUGCUCAACACACUGCUGUCCCUGGUGGGCCCACGUGUGUGUUCCAGCUCAGGGGGAGUCUAUGCUAGCGAUGAGGCUUUCUUCGGUCCCUCUAACCUCCAGUUCUCAAGCCAGACCUCUGAUUCGCUCAGGUUCCGGUGGACUCCCGCAGGGGGGCCUGUGAGUGGCUAUGUGGUGCAGUACACACCCCUUUCUGGCCUGGGCCAGCCAAUUACAGCGGAGCUGCGUCAGGAGACAGUGUCUGCAGGUCAGAGGAGCUUUGUGGCCAGAGAGCUGAAGUCAGGGACAGACUACCUGGUGACGAUCAUCGCCCAAUACCCCAACAGUGUGGGAGAGCCUGUCUCUGCCAAGUCACGAACCAGUCAGCCUGCAGCCCAGCUAUUGGAGCAGUCUCUGGCUGCAGACUCCACCUCUGUCACCCUGGAGAGGCUACUGCCAGACACAGAGUACGUCCUCACCCUAUACCCCAUGUUCCCCCGAAACUCUGUCUCCCCCGCCACCCUCACCUCACGCACAUUGCGUCUGGAGGCGGCCCAGCAGCUGUCAGUAGAGACCGUGUCAGAGCGUAGCGUCCGGGUGCUGUGGAGGGGAGUGGGUGGAGCCAGGGCCUACAGACUGGUCUGGGGACCAUUCACAGGACGUGAUGUGAAGUCUGUCGAGGUGGCUGGCGACACUGAGACUCACACCCUGUUGAACCUGCAGCCAGACACCGAGUACAUUGUCACUGUCAUCGCCCUCUACGAAGCCAACACAGAGGGACCUACUGCUACCGCCAGGUUCAAGAUAGAGCGUCUGGAGCAGCAGGUGCUGAAGGCAGCCACCACCGGGCCCUCCUCCAUCCGCCUCACCUGGAACCUAAUCCAGUCUGCCAGGGGAUACCGCCUGGAGUGGAGGUGGCAGAGUGCAAAGUCAGUCGUUCUCCCGAGCACCACUAGUUUUGAUCUGACAGGGCUGCAACCUAGCACUGAGUAUGUCAUCACCCUGUUCACCCUGUAUGAUGGACGAGAGGAGGCCACCCCCGUCUCCACCUCUCCAACAGUGGAACAGCAGGUGGGGAGUGUGUCCAACCUGCGAGUGGUAGAGUCCCUGGGCAGCACUGUGCGACUGGGAUGGACAGGGGUUGCCGGGGCAACACAGUACCGUAUCCUCAUGGUCAAUACUGAAGCGCAAACAGAGGAAAUACGCAGUGUCCCUGGAAGCCAGACGACCCUUGACCUUAGGGAUCUGACGGAGGGUGUGUCUUAUGGGGUCAGCGUGACCGCUGUGGUGGGAGACAACGAGGGGGACCCGGUCACUGUUUACAUCAAAGCAGAACAAGCAUUGGAGAAAGUGACCAACCUACGCGUGACAAAUAUCAAUGGUCGGCGACUCCGAAUCGCCUGGGCAGGUGUUUUGGGGGCGACGGGGUACAGGGUCACGUGGAGACAAAGCAACAAUGCUGAGCAGUCCCAUGAUCUGGGACCAGAGGCCUCAACCUACACGUUGGAGGGGUUACAGCCAGACGAGGCUGUGGUCCUGGGUUUGGCGGCUGUGAUUGGUCAACGCAUCGGGGAAGUGGUCACUCUCUCAGCCAGGACCAAUGGGAACACCGGCUCAAGCUCAAGCACGGUUAGCGGCCUGCGAAUCGUUGAUGUCACCUCUCAGAGGAUACGCAUCACAUGGUCACCUGUUUCCAGGGCAACUGGCUACAAGAUUACCUGGCGCAGUGAAGAUGGAGUGGAGUCCUCCCGCACAGUGGCCGCUGAUGUCACUUCCUUCACCAUUGACAGCCUUCAGGAAGAUUCCUCCUACCGGGUGUCAGUCUCCUCACUGAUUGGCUCUCGAGAAGGACGCCCCGCCUCCCUGAACACCAGAACAGCAUCAGACCAGGGUGUUGUGGGAACAGUGACCUCACUCCAAGUCCAGGAGUCCCGCGGUGAGGUCGUCAGGGUAACAUGGGUGGGCGUGCAGGGAGCAACAGCUUAUCGUGUGUCUUGGAAGCGAAUUGAUGGUGGGGAGGAGAGGAGCCAGCUGGUUGGUGGUGACCUGACAGCGGUGGAUCUGGAGCAGCUGGACCCAGGGGCUCAGUAUGAGGUGCAGGUCAUGGCCCUGGUCCAGAACAGACAGGGAACCCCGGUCUCUGUCAGAGUCACUACACCAGGGGAACCUGCUGCUGUAGCCCGGGUGGAAGGGGUCAGGGUGCUGGAGGCUACCCCAGGGGUGCUGCGUCUGGUCUGGAGAGGGAUGGCCGGGGUUACAGGGUACCGCAUCUACUGGAGAUCAGCCCUGGGUGAGGCUGAAUCGAGCCGUCUGAUAGGUAGAGAUGCAACCUCGUUUGACCUGGAUGGUCUGCGGCCUGGGGUGAGCUACACUGUGAGGCUGGCUGCCAUCUUCAGGGACAGAGAGAGUCAAGCUGUCACUAUCACUGCCUCCACAGCUCCCUUACAGCCUAUAAGGGGUCUGCGUGCUAUGGAGGUUACCCAGAAUUCUGUGUUGUUGGACUGGGUUCCAUUAACAGGUGCUACAGGAUACGUCCUGCGCUGGAGAGAGGAAAGGGACACUGGUCCGGGUCAGUCCAUCCCUCUGCCUGGGACAUCCAGCUCCUACAGGGUGACUGGGCUGCGUCUGGGACUGAGGUACCGCUUCACCCUGCAGCCUAGCUUCCAGAGGGAGGUUGGCCCUGAGACCUCACUGGACGAACGUACUGUGUGUGUAGGUGGUCGUCUGGACGUGGUGUUCCUGGUUCCAGCUUCCAGGGAUCGGACCAGCCUGGUUGAGCCCCUACUCUCUCUCCUGACCAGCGCUGCCGGCUCCCUCACCAGCAUCGGAGCCCGGGACUCACAGAUGGGGAUUGUAGUGUACAGCGCCCGGCCCAAGGUCUGGUUCCUGCUCAAUCGCCAUAGCAACAGUGAGACGCUGCUUCAGGAGAUCCUGUCCACGCCUUUUGAAGACGGCCCAGGGAAUGCUAUAGGCCAGGCGGUGACGUUCACUAGACAGUUCCUUCUCAGCCCGACAGCUGGUCGUAGAGCAAGAGUUCCUGGCGUAGUGGUGAUCAUUGCAGACAAAAAAUCAUCCGACAACAUCACUGUCCCAGCCAGUGUUGUCAAAGCCUCAGGUGUCACAGUGCUGGCGGUGGGUAUAGGUCGGGCAGACUCUGAGGAACUGCGCCAGGCGGUGACAGAUGGCAGCACCCAGAACCUCCUAUAUGCUCGUGAUACCACCCAGCUUGGCACCCUGCACGCCGACCUGGCUGACCUACUGUGUGGCGUCGCCAGGAUACCAGAGGGAGGGGGCCCAGUGGCAGAGCCGUGUACCAUACAGUGUCCUCGGGGUGAUCGAGGGGAGCGAGGAGAAAAGGGAGAGAUAGGACGAGACGGUACUGACGGACGCAAAGGAGAGCCUGGUCGUGAUGGUUUGCCUGGCAGGGACGGCCCCAGAGGGCCUGAAGGGCGACAGGGCCUGCCUGGCGGGAGUGAGGCCCCCUCAGUUGGUGUUAGAGGGGAGAAGGGGGAGAGGGGUUUUCCUGGUCUGGAUGGGGGUCCAGGAUUGCCAGGGCGACCAGGGACCCCGGGCCCUGGAGGAGUACCGGGUUCACAGGGGCUAUCAGGUAUUAGAGGAGAUCCUGGUGAUCCUGGGGUUAAAGGAGCAUCAGGGACAAAGGGUGACCGGGGCGACAGGGGUGAACCAGGGUCGGCUGUUUCAGGAGGAGGUCUGCCUGGCAGGAAAGGAGAACCAGGGAUUCCAGGAUUACCAGGUACCACAGGGCGUCCAGGAACUGAAGGGGCCAAGGGCUUUGUGGGACCUGCAGGGAUCCCAGGACAGGACGGUCGCCCCGGGAUACCAGGCGCCCUUGGCAUCUCCAUCAAGGGAGAUAAGGGCAGCACAGGAGAGAGGGGACCUCCAGGAGUGGGCAGUGGCUCGGCUGUAAAGGGGGAGAAGGGAUCACCGGGUUCUGAUGGAUACCCUGGAGCUCAAGGUCCCAGAGGACUUACAGGACAACAGGGAGCCAAAGGAGACAAGGGAGAGAGUGCAGAGGGGUUGCCAGGACCGUCUGGGAAGACAGGAGAGCCUGGUGAUCGGGGUCUCCGUGGGCCUGCUGGAGGCCUUGGAGUCAAGGGGGACCGUGGCCAGCCAGGUGAGCCUGGAUCACAAGGUGACAGGGGGGAAAGAGGACUUGCUGGCUUGCUAGGGGAGAGGGGGGAAAGUGGACAGCCAGGCUCUACAGGGGCUCCAGGCCUGAGGGGUUUGCCUGGCACCAGUGGAUUACCAGGGGAGAAGGGCAGCGAGGGCGCUAAGGGAGAACCUGGCCGGAGUGGGCCAGGCUUAGGUGGGAAGAAAGGUGAACAGGGUGAGCCGGGUCUGCCAGGUCUGGAGGGGCCUAGGGGCCAGAAAGGCGAGCCAGCCCAGAAAGGUGAAAAAGGUCCCCCAGGUGCUGGCACUCCUGGCCAGGUUGGACCUAAAGGAGAGCAGGGGGAUCGGGGAGUCCCUGGCUUAGCUGGAAGACUGGGGACCAAGGGAGACCCAGGUGACCCAGGAGAGAGAGGGGAGACAGGACGAGCUGGACCCGCAGGAAAGAAUGGCCUCCCAGGGAAAGAGGGAGCCAAAGGAGACAAAGGCGACGAAGGCACUCCCGGGGAGUCUGGUCUACCAGGGAAGGCAGGGGAGAGAGGAGUACGGGGUCUGUCGGGUCAGCCUGGGCGAGCAGGGGAGAAGGGAGACCUGGGAGACUCUGGAGCGCACGGACGCAACGGCAGCCCAGGAUCUAUUGGACCAAGAGGAGAGAAAGGAGUUGAGGGAGCUCAAGGCCUCCCAGGACCUCCAGGGAACAUGCGCGAUAUAGAGCAAAAGCUUAAAGGAGAAAGAGGAGAAAAGGGGGAUGCAGGCGAUCCGGGAGAGCACGGGAGCAAAGGUCAGAAGGGCGAGACAGGACCCUCAGGGGCCACUGGGCUGCGUGGUCUUGAGGGACAACGUGGACCUUCAGGGGCAAGAGGUGACACAGGAGAGAGAGGAGGCCCAGGAGAGAAGGGUGAGAGAGGUGCGUCUGGACUGGAUGGACGCAACGGUUUGGAUGGAAAACCAGGUGCACCAGGACCGGCCGGCCUGAGGGGAGACGCAGGAAAACUAGGGGAUCCAGGAAGAGAUGGGCUGCCAGGACUGAGAGGUGCACAGGGCCUCCCAGGCCCUAUUGGGCCUGCAGGAAAUCCAGGCACACCUGGCAAAGCAGGAGAAGAUGGAAAACCAGGGACUGCUGGGAAAAUGGGCGAGGAUGGCGAACCGGGGGAAGAUGGCAGGAAGGGUGACAAAGGAGAGGCUGGGGCUGCUGGAAGAGACGGCCGUGACGGGCUGAAGGGAGACCGGGGCCUUGCAGGGCCUACAGGGCCAACUGGUCUAUCUGGGCCCCCAGGGGUUCCUGGCACCAUCGGACCUCCAGGACAGAUGGUCUAUGUGAAGGGAGCACCAGCACCAUCUAUUCCUGGCCCUCAGGGGCAUACAGGAACCCCAGGUGAGCCUGGAAUCCCAGGGGCUGUAGGAGCCAGAGGGGAGAAAGGAGCAGUGGGUGGUAAAGGUGAAAGUGGUGACCCUGGAGAGGACGGGAAACCGGGCAGGCCUGGAACAGCAGUGGAUGUGCAGAAGGCCCUCUCUAACCUUGGGAUUGAGGUGCAGGACUUGAAGUUGGUUGUGGAGAGGAGGAAUGUUCUGGUCAAGCCUGUGGUGGAGCAAGCUGAGAAGGGACAGAGAGGAGACAAGGGAGAGGCCGGACAGAGAGGACCAGCAGGGAUAGACGGUGCCCGCGGGCUAGCUGGGGAGAGAGGUGUGAAGGGAGGGCAGGGGGAACAGGGGCCUGUAGGGGCCACAGGACCCAUAGGGAGGGCCAUCGGAGAGAAGGGCCCAAUGGGGCCCCCGGGACAGGCUGGAGAGCCAGGAAAACCUGGAAUACCUGGAGUACCAGGGAGAGCCGGAGAACUGGGAGAGGCUGGACGACCUGGAGAUAAGGGGGAGAGAGGAGAGAAAGGUGACAAAGGAGAGGAUGGGAAAAAUGGGCUAGCUGGAUUAGUGGGCCCACCUGGACCAAAGGGUGCUUCUGCAGAAGAGGGUCAGGCUGGACUCCCCGGAGCAAGGGGGCCCCCUGGGGUCACAGGACCGAAAGGAGAGCCUGGUGCUUUAGGACCACAGGGAUCCAAAGGAGACGGGGGUAUUGCAGGUCCCCGUGGAGAUAAAGGCGACCGAGGUCCAUCUGGAGAGCAGGGACGCAAUGGCUUUCAGGGGACAGCAGGAGAACCUGGAAAACCGGGACAGGAUGGGAAGCCGGGUCCACAAGGGCCAGCUGGUCCUCAAGGCCGCUCAGGCCUGCCUGGGUUCCCUGGAGUGCUGGGCAGACCGGGGAACCCUGGAGAACCUGGAAUUAGAGGAUCAACUGGUCCGAUCGGUACCAACGGGCCUCCAGGUCCACCAGGGGUCAAGGGUAAUCAAGGAGUGCCUGGGGUUGGCGUUCAGGGACUGUCUGGUCCCCAAGGCAGCAUGGGAUUGCCGGGACCUGCAGGGCCUCCCGGAGCUGUGGGUCCGUCAGGACCUCCAGGUCUGCCGGGGCAGACGGGCGAGGGGGGCAAGCCAGGGGUCCCAGGAAGAGAUGGAAUACCUGGAAAAGAGGGAACACCAGGGUUGCCAGGCAAACAGGGUAUCGCUGGACCAAUGGGCUCCACAGGGUUGAAAGGGGAGCAGGGGGACAGUGGCCCCCCAGGAAAGGCUGUAGCAGGACCCCCUGGUGUGAAAGGAGCACAGGGACCUGCUGGUGUGACCUUAUCUGGGACAAUGGGAGAGAGAGGGCUGCCAGGGCUACGGGGUGAGAGGGGGGACAAGGGUCCUGGAGGCAUCAAAGGGGACAGGGGCCCUGCUGGUGAAAAUGGCGAGCCUGGAGAAGAUGGGGGCAGAGGACAUGCAGGGCCUAAAGGAGACAAGGGAGAGAGAGGCAUCGGACUGGCAGGGCCUCCUGGUCAGCUGGGACCUCAAGGGUUAAAGGGAGACACAGGACUCCCGGGCCCAGCAGGUCCUCCAGGAGCCCGUGGCAUAGCAGGGACCCCUGGUCUGGCUGGCCUGAGAGGAGAGAACGGAACCCCAGGACCCCCAGGACCUCUAGGACCCAGGGGUCUCCAAGGCUUUCCUGGUCAGGCAGGGACCCCUGGAGGUCCUGGGCCCCCUGGACCCACCGGCCUAGUUGGUACACCGGGAACUGCUGGAGGCAAAGGGGACAAGGGAGCGAUUGGAGCAGGAGUACCUGGAUUGAGAGGCGAGAGAGGAGACCCAGGGCCCCGGGGGGAGGAGGGUCGAGCUGGUUUGGAUGGGGAGAGAGGACUAGUGGGCUUUCCGGGUGGCAAAGGAGGCAGUGGAGAGAAGGGUGAAUUGGGGCCUCAAGGUGACAAAGGAGAAAAGGGCGAUACUCUCCUGGUGGGAGGGCCUACGGGAGAGAAGGGUAACAAAGGAGAGACGGGUGACAGAGGGCCAAAAGGGGGGCAGGGGGAAAAAGGCUUGAAAGGCAGUGACGGCCCAGCUGGGGAGCAGGGUCUGAGAGGUGAGCCAGGAGACAGGGGCUCUACAGGGUUCCAGGGGGCCAGAGGUCCAGGAGGACAGAAGGGAGAGGCGGGCCUGCCUGGUGUACCUGGAGAAUCUGGUACACCAGGAAAAGAUGGAAUGCCAGGCUUUAGAGGAGAGAAGGGAGACAUGGGAAUAACAGGAAUGCGUGGAAUUAAGGGCGACCGAGGAUCAAAGGGGGCGUGUGGAUCGGACGGACCAAAAGGAGAAAAGGGAGAUUCAGGGAUCCAUGGGCGGUCAGGGUUGCCUGGAAGGAAAGGUGAGCAGGGAGAAUUGGGUUCUCCAGGGGCCACUGGAACCGCAGGCAAGGAGGGAUUGAUCGGACCCAAGGGUGACCGAGGCUUGGAUGGAGUCUUGGGGCCCAAAGGAACUCAGGGAGAGAAGGGUGAAAGAGGCCCCUCAGGUAUCCCCGGCCCCCCAGGCCCCAGAGGAGUAGACGGGUCCUCUGGACUGACAGGGUCUCAGGGACCAACUGGAGCUAAGGGCCCCGAAGGCCUCCAAGGACAGAAGGGGGAGCGGGGGCCUCUUGGUCCUGCCAUGAUAGGUCCACGCGGUAUCCCAGGUAAACCAGGAGACAGGGGCAAGGAGGGGGAGUUGGGUCCAGAUGGAGCCAAGGGAGACAGAGGAGAACCAGGCUUGACGGAGGAUGAGAUUCGGACAUACGUCCGCACAGAAAUGAGCCAACACUGUGCUUGUGGAGGUGAGUGGGUAUCAGUCUGACACGUGGACCCGAUGGGAUGAGGGCAGUAGCUAGCUUUGGCAUUAACUUUUUAGCUUUAUUAUUCGUUUAUGUAGUCACUAUGUUUUUGGUUCUGACGUGUGUCUGUACUAUGUAGUUUUGGUUCUGUUAUGUGGUGGUCCAUGUAGGUGGUUAUCUGUUCUACUCAGUGCUUAAAGAGGGCCAGUGCUGACCUGCUUAGAAUAUUGGCUCUAAAAUAUGAUGAGUACUGGCAACUAAAUAUAAAUACUACCGGUACCCAAAAUGAGUACUGGUAUCUAUUUCAGUCCACUUCAACCACUGGUUCUACUGUAUGUUCUCAUGGGUGUAUAUGUUGGGUUUCGGUGGUGUCUGGUGGCUAUGUCUAUGUGUGUUACUGACCAGUGUGGAUGUCCUGUUGUUGUUUUUAUGUUCCUGGCCCCUCUUCCUUCCCCCCUGUCCCCCAUCCUGGCCUGCUCUCAGGUGUUGUUGUGACAGAAACCAUGUCCGGCCCCAGGGCGCGUCAGCUGGCCCGGCAGGGCAAGGAUGGUAAGGAUGGGCGUGAGCUGCGUGUGGUGGUGAACACCAAUGACCCUAACUACGAAGAUAUCUACUCUAUAGAGAGUUAUGAUGAUUCCAUGGCUAUGGAGCAGAGCAUCCACCUAACCCCUGCUGCGAAUCAUAACGACG